UCAGUGGACAGAGGGCGCAAUGUUCUCUUCUCGCGAGAGUUGUGAGCGACCAUCUUGCUCCCGUCCCUGACAGAGCCUCUUACCCGGGUCACUGGGACGCAGAGCCUACUGUGCGGACCCUGGUUGACCAUGCUGUCCCGGGUGGUUUUUUCUGCGGCCGCCGCAGCGGCCCCCUGUCUGAAGAACGCAGCCCUCCUUGGUCCAGGGAUAUUGCAGGCAACAAGGAUCUUCCACACAGGGCGGCCAAGUCUUGCACCUGUACCACCUCUUCCUGAACAUGGAGGAAAAGUUCGUUUGGGGCUGAUUCCCGAAGAAUUCUUCCAGUUCCUUUAUCCCAAAACUGGCGUAACAGGACCCUAUGUACUUGGAACCGGACUUAUCCUAUAUUUUCUGUCCAAAGAAAUAUAUGUGAUUACUGCAGAGACCUUCUCUGCCAUAUCAACAAUAGGGUUGCUUAUCUAUGUAGUUAAAAAAUAUGGUGCCUCUAUUGGAGAAUUUGCUGAUAAACUCAAUGAGCAAAAAAUUGCCCAACUAGAAGAGGUGAAGCAGGCUUCCAUCAAACAAAUCCAGGAUGCAAUUGAUAUGGAGAAGUCACAGCAGGCCCUGGUUCACAAGCGUCAUUACCUUUUUGAUGUCCAGAGGAAUAACAUUGCUAUGGCACUGGAACUUACUUACCGGGAACGGCUGCACAGAGUAUACAAGGAGGUGAAGAAUCGCCUGGACUAUCACAUCUCUGUGCAGAACAUGAUGAGCUUGAAGUCCAAGAGCAGGCAAUAA